UCUGUGAAAGUUUUUAUUAUUAUUAAUGAAAUAAUUGGAUAAAUCAAAGGAUUAUUUCGAAUUAUCUAAAUAAGAAAAGUUCUAUGUAAUUCAUAUUCCUGCAUGAUGCAGUUUUUUUGGCUCGGAUUUGUGACUUGUUUAUCUUUUUUUAGCGGAACGAAUCCAUCGUGAACGGUUCAACUGCAUUAGAUAAGAGAUGUUCAGAAGUUGGGGAAAUGGUAGAUAAAACGCAGAAGCUUGCAACUCUAGCCGAGUUAGUAGACAGUUUAGGGGAUUCGCGUAAAGCUACCGAAAAGGGGCUGCUCUCAUUAUGUGAGGAACGUUUCAGUGCCGUGUUCUUUUUGAGACUAAAGACAUGUAAUGCGUCUACCGGAUUUGGCGUCUCUCUGUCGUCGGUAUUCUGUGAUACGGAGAGCCUCCAAGAUAGGUUUUAUCCAUUUUCUUCUGUUUUCACAAAAGGAGCGGAUUUGUUGUAUCAAAUCUUAAAGAAUCCAACUGAUUUGGUGAUUGAGGAUGAAAAUUUGGACAUUGCUGUCAGACGUCUACUAGCAUUUAUCUCCAAUUCAGACUCUAUGAAUUUUAUCAAAGAUCUUGACAGACAAGCCAGUGUUAGACUCAAGAAUAAAACAGCGCUAUCUGUAGCAUUGGCAGAACAUCUGUUUGGAAAACUUUCCCUGAGAAAAAGCUAUACCAUCAACACCAGAUUUAAAAGUGAAGUAGACAAAUGUCAGUGUGGCUGUGGUACCAGCAUAAAGUACAGAUUUGGGGACACAAGCAUCGGACAGGAAACAGUCUGGCAUGGUGACCUUGAUAUGGUGUUAGGUGCUGGUGAGGACCAAAUACCAGUGCUGCUAUCAGGAAUGGAAGAUUCAAGUCCAGAGACAACUGACGAAGUGAAACCGAAAUCUCUCCACUAUCCUCAUAUCAAACAUCAGAUGUUGGCUCAGACAAUUCUGUUCUCAUUUCUACAAAAGAAAGAUUUUCCUGAAUCCAGACAUUUUCUUGUCCCUUCCAUAGGAGUGUCUCCAAAGGAAGUGAUUUUCUUCUUCUACGAUUCAGAAAAUGAUGUACUUAUACAAAGUGUGAAGAUGCCUUUACGAUCAGGUACAGGUGUCUGUUAUAGUACCAUAAUUGCCAUUUGGAUGACGUUGAAUUACAGACAUCUUGGAUCAGGCAUCACAAGCUUGAGUCAGGCACCGAAAUCAAACUUUUUAAAUUUAGCAAAAGACGUAAUUGACAUUUAUCAAAAUGAUUUGAACCUGGGGGGCAUCCAGGGCAGUUUUCUCGAAGAUACUUUAUAUCCACAAGACAUUCCAAAAGAGAAAAUGGUGUUUUGGGGAGCCCAAAAAUUUGAAUUUGGAAAUUGACUGAGUUGAUUUUUUUCACUGUAAAAAGUUUGCUGUUUAUUAAAUUCAUUAUAUGCUGAGA